GGUAGAUUGAUGGGAGUGAGUAGAGCGAGUUGCGGCCCCCAAACGGCGGCUCGCUUCCCACCUAUUCUACUCUGCUGAAUGUUACACCGCCUAUUUUUCCAACAAUAUCCUUUCCGCCGCUAACUCUUGCCUUCCCAUUGAGACAACCAAAUCCAUUCUUGGAUACUGCUGGUCUCACUGCAGCAUCGCCUAUGAGCCAAGAAUGGGUUCUAGCACCAAGAAGAAGAAGGAGAAAAAGAAGGACUUCCAGAAACUCAAGCUGAAAGUCGGAAAAGCGAAGCCGAAGGCAUCCAACUUCACUGACACGAGCUUUAAGUCCAAAUCCAUUGUUGUCAAUCAGCAGACCCUUGUAGCAGAGAGCUCAGAUCCAGCAGAGCAGUUCAAGCAGAACCUGUCACUUGCCAUCAAUGCAAAGUCCGACAAUCAAAGACGCGAUGCACUGGCGUACAUUACCAACCAGCUCUCCGCCGAUACGCCCAACAACCCGGUCGGGACUUCAGGGGUGUUAACAAAGCUACUCCCACUUAUGUCAGACGGGGCGGCAUCGGUGCGCACUCAGCUCCUCAAACUGUUCCGGUCUCUACCGCCAGCUGAGGUCGGACCACACGUUGAGAAGAUCCUCAUGUAUGUCCGGAGUGGCAUGACGCAUCUGUCAAAUGACAUCCGGAGCGACACCUUGAACGUUCUGGAGUGGGUCCUGGACGUUGCUGGUGAUGAGACUGUUUCCUGUCCCGGAGGUUGGCUAAAGACGCUGAAUAGCUUCAGCUCAAUGUUGGGCUGGAACCCGAGUGUUGGGUCUGCCAUGAGCGCCAAAGGCUGGACAUCCAGCUCCCGGCCGACACUGGGGACCAAGAAAGGGCCCGAGGCACAAGCCAGGCAGAUCCAAGUCCUGGCGAAGUUCAUCCAAACUGGCUUUCGGCCUGAGGCGCCAGUGCCGUACAACGCCGUGGCGUACUGGGACAACAUCUACUGCCUGCCUGGGAUGCCAAAUCCCUUUGCAUACCUCAAUCUCUUCGGAACGCCCAGAGACGAAGACAGCGAGAUGUAUCCUGACCGCAUCUCGAGACAGCGCGUCUUUGACGCGAAAUGGAGAGCUGCCAUCGCUGCCGGCAUGGACGGUGCCAAGAAGGAGGGCGGUACAGUUGGCAGAGCUGCUGCCACCUUGGACAAGGCAAUGAAUGGCAGGCUUUGAUAAGGCACACUAGAUCGGCUUCGUUGCAUUCUGGGCGUUAAGGGGCGGCAGGGUCAUGGCGUUUCUUCACCUUUCAAUUGGCAGUGUCUUAUUGAUGCCAGCCUUCUUGGCCUCCUUGCUGUUUGAUUUCACAGAGCGAGGCAUCCUCAUUCAGAUAUGAAUGGCAAACUCACAACCCCGCGGCAUGAAAUUGUUCAAGAGCCUUUUCUUUUCUCAGCCACUCUGAUUCAAAGCAAACAGAAGGUGUUUUCCUACAAACUACCUAAACACGUGUUAUUGACACUAUCCUGCGUAGUACACCACGACUUACUCUUCAGUACUCUCGCUACA